CUCCUCCCCGGAGGGCACCGGCCUGGGAGCGCUCGCCCGGCUGCCUGCUACCAAACUGGCUGCUAUUUGCGUGCUGAGAGGUGGGGGGCCCUGGGCAGGAAGCUGGCUGAGCCCCAAGACCUCGGGGGCCAUGGGCGGGGAGCCGAUGGCCGGCCUGGGGGCCCUGCGGCGUCGCAAGUGGCUUCUGGAGCAGGAGAAGCUGCUGGCGGGCUGGGCGCUGGCGCUGGCCGCGCUGGGAGUGGCGCUCAUGGUGCUGCACGCCGAGAUGCUGUGGUUCGGGGGCUGCCUGUGGGCUUUCUACCUGCUCCUGGUUAAGUGGCUCAUCAGCCUGUCCACUGCGCUGCUACUCGGCCUCAUCGUGGCCUUCCACGCCAGGGAGGUCCAGCUGUUCAUGACGGACAACGGGCUGCGGGACUGGCGCGUGGCGCUGACCCGCCGCCAGGCGCUGCAGGUGGCGCUGGAGCUGGCGGUGUGCGGGCUGCACCCGGUGCCGGCGCGGGGCGCGGCGUGCGGGCCGGGGCCGGGCGCGCGGCCCGGCUUCCUGGGCCAGGCCGAGGCGCUGCUGUCGCUGGCCAUGCUGCUGCGCCUCUACCUGGUGCCCCGCGCGCUGCUGCUGCGCAGCGGCGUCCUGCUCAACGCCUCCUACCGCAGCAUCGGCGCGCUCAACCAGGUCCGCUUCCGACACUGGUUCGUGGCCAAGCUGUACAUGAACACGCACCCCGGCCGCCUGCUGCUCGGCCUCACGCUCGGCCUGUGGCUCACCACCGCCUGGGUGCUGUCCGUGGCCGAGAGGCAGGCUGUGAACGCCACCGGCCACCUCACGGACACGCUGUGGCUCAUCCCCAUCACGUUCCUGACCAUCGGUUACGGUGAUGUGGUGCCGGGCACCAUGUGGGGCAAGAUCGUCUGCCUCUGCACCGGCGUCAUGGGGGUGUGCUGCACCGCCCUGCUGGUGGCCGUGGUAGCCCGCAAGCUGGAGUUCAACAAGGCCGAGAAGCAUGUGCACAACUUCAUGAUGGACAUUCACUACACCAAAGAGAUGAGGGAGUCGGCGGCCCGGCUGCUGCAGGAGGCGUGGAUGUAUUACAAACACACGCGCAGGAAGGACACGCGUGCAGCCCGCAGGCACCAGCGCCGGCUGCUGGCCACCAUCCACACGUUCCGCCAGGUACGGCUGAAACACCGCAAACUGCGGGAGCAAGUCAACUCCAUGGUGGACAUCUCCAAGAUGCACAUGAUCCUGUGUGACCUCCAGCUGGGGCUCAGCAGCUCACAGCAGGCUCUGGAGAAGCGGAUGGACGUGCUGGCCGGGAAGCUGGACGCCCUGAGCGAGCUGCUCUCCACUGCCCUGAGAACCCAGCAGCCCCCAGAACCCAGCCAGGAGGCCCUAUAGCUUGGGACCCCCAUCUCUACGUGUCCAGGAUCCGGGCUCCAGUUUCUGGGGGUGAAGAACCCCCUUCCAGUGCCUCCCGACCAGCCCCAGGGAUGAGGUGCCCCUAGGUGCAAAGACCCUUGGGGGACCAGCUGCAAGGGAGGGGGGACCAGCCAAAGUGGGGGGGGGCAAGGCCACAAGGUCACUACGACCCCGCCCCCCAACCCCCUCUUCUCAAACCUCACUGUGCUGCUACUGAUGGCCGUGCCUCCAGGUAGAAGUGGAGGCGCUGGGGGUCGGGGGUGGACUCAGGAGUCCCGGUCACCCUGGAUCGGCAAACUGGAAGGAGCCUGGCCGGCGCCCCCUGGUGGUCAUCCCGGAGGACGCCGCGCGUCCACAGCCGCUUUCUACUUUGUUAAUAAACGUUGCACACGG